UCGGUACACCCGUUGGAAGUCAUCAUCACUCGAGCACAACACCCACAUCAAUGCCAACUCUAUCCAUGUAUUCGAGUGGAACUCCAUACACGACAUACGCCGCCUAUCAGAGCGAUAUACACGACGACGCUUUUGUACGGCGAAAACAGCGCCGAAAUCGGACCACAUUUACGGUACAACAACUCGAGGAACUGGAGAAAGCAUUCGCACAAACACACUAUCCGGACGUCUUUACUCGUGAAGAUCUUGCAAUGAAAAUAAAUUUGACUGAAGCUCGAGUACAGGUCUGGUUUCAGAACCGAAGAGCCAAAUGGAGAAAAGCUGAACGUUUGCGUAAAGAAAGAGAAGAUAAAACAAAUGGCAAAUCUAAUGAUAGCUCUUCAUUAAGUAAUAUAAAUGUUGAGAAUUCAGCCAAUAAUGAUCUAAUGAUAACUCCGAGCUCAUCGCCUGAACCCAAAGCUAAUGGAGAAAUGAGUUGCAGUUCAUCAGUGGAUUCGCCAUCUAAUGAAACACCUGUUAAGUCAAAAAUAUUGGACAGACAGACACCAGAAAGUCAGAUAAAUAUGCAAAUCGUGCAAAAAUCAAUCAACAAUUGUUCGCUAUUUAAUCCAAUGUUUGGCACACAAUCAUCGGGUAAUACUCGCCAUUCAAUCAGCGAUUUGACAGCAUCUUCACUCUCUUCAUUACGCUCACCACCGCUCUCUCUUCACGGACAGUCGUCUUUCAUAGAAAGUGCUUCUCUACUUAAAGAACUGACUGCUACUCAUCCAUUUGGACCUACAUUUCCAUUGAGGAACUCAUUUUUGUCAGCAUUUACUGCUUCUGAUAGUGUAUUGAGUGCGGCGGCGGCGGCGGCCAACACGUCAAGUCGAUUGUCAUCAUUGCCACCACUUUUUGUUCCGACACAUAUGACACCCCAAAUGGCACAUCAAUUUGCUUCGACUUCGUUCCCAUUCAAAGGUUACAUACGUUAGCGCUUCCCAAAUGUUAAUCAAUUAUCUAAAGCCCUCAUCCAAUAGCUCUGUGCGCCUGUUGUUUACCUAACAGUCGGUCAAUCUCUCCUUUACCGGUGACUCCUUCCACUA